UCGAACGAAUAAUGGCACACGUACUUACGUAUUUUGCGAAUCGCGACUAUACGAAACCCGCGAUCGAUCGUCGCAUCGCUGAAUUAUUGAAGAGGAGAGUCGGUUUAGAGGGAUUGCCUACGGAAACACUGAAAGAGCGACUCGCGAAAUUUAAAGAAAAUCGAAACAUCAGACAAGGAUUACUCAGACCGACGCACAGACAAGUCUUGGAAGUCGUCGCUUUUAUAUUGAACGUGAAUCCCGACCUCCUGGAAGAAGGAGUCAUUGACAAAAACGAAUACAUCAAUGUGUUCGACAAUUUCUUUAUGAAAGAUGGGAAGCGCGCGAUAAUCAUACACUAUCAAUCGAUGGAACCACCCCCGUUCGAAUCGGGAAGAUGGAGUCCACAGUACGAACGCGAGACUCAAAUGAUAAGGUGUUGCGUGACCGAUGGGUUGACCGAGCAACUCUCUGGCAAAUGCGUCAUAGUCUACAGACUAAAGUCGGACAUAGACUUCGAAUCGAAGCACCUCCUCGAAGAAACGUUUUACGCCUACGCGGAAGUCGACGCCGCGUCGCAAGCACUGGCAGCGAUAUCGGAAUUGAUUCUGAGACUGAACUUACCAGCGAUAGUCGCCAACACGGUAUGGGGUGAACUGUCAAAGACCGAGGCCGGCGAGAAAGUGAAGAAUAAUUUUAUUUGCGAUUUUCGAGACUUUUGCGAAUUCCUAAGCAUGACCAAGUUAGAUCUAGAGAACACGAUCAAGUUCUACAUCGAUCGGGACAUUUACGAGAAGUACUUGUCGACGCCGGAAGACGUUAAAAAAAGCCUGACUGAUCCAGAAGCUAUUGCAGCCAUUGAGAACAACGUCAGAUCCUGGAUGAAAAGUAUGGAACGGGCCGUCGUCCAGAGCCAACAAUUACGAAGAGAAACGGAAACGAUGGGUCCCAACGCGGAACUCAGUUACUGGAGAAGAUUGCUCGCUCGAUUCUCGUCGAUCAUCGAACAUAUCAAGUCUCCCGUCGCCCAAACGUAUCUCAAUUUUUUAACAAUGAUCAAAUCGAAGCGCAUGAAGAAGUGGAGAACGCUGGAGAACCACGUGAAAACGAUACAGAUACUAGCGCAGGAUAACGUGAAAUACCUGUACGCGUUAGAAAAGUUUACGCAGCCGUUGUACAGACUCGAUCCAACGAAAAUGGGAGAAUACUUGCCGCCGCUCAUGUACGUCAUCCGAAUGAUAUACGCCACCUCGCGAUUUUUCAAUACCAGACGAAUGGUCACGGCGGUGUUUGUAAAAAUGACGAAUCAAAUGAUCUUAGCGUGUAAAGCAUACUUGACGGAGAACGGGAAAGUAAAUAUUUGGAACGAAGCAAAAUCCGUGAUGAUAUCGAAGAUAAAGGACUGUACCAAACUGUGUGAACAGUAUUACGAAUACUAUAACGAGAUGUGCAAACAAGUGAGAGAAUCUCCCGACGAGAGACCCUUCGAGGUGUCGGAGAUGUACGUCUUCGGGAAAUUCAAUACCUUCAAGUUGAGGAUAAUAAAAAUCUCGUCGCACGAUUACGAUCCGCUGAACCAUAGGAAACCGUACUUCGAUACCGAUUACGAUAUUUAUAAGAAGAACGUGGAAGAAACGGAGGUCGAGUUGAGGAAUUUCUUUUACAAAUGCGUAUCGGAAACACCGAACAUAGCCGAGGCGUUGAGAGUCGUAACGAGGUUUCAAAAAUUGCGGUUCAAGCAUCUGAGAAUCGACAGGAAGUAUUUGGAGUUAAUAUCGUUAUUCCAAAAAGAGAUCGAGGAUGUCCGCGAUAGAUACAACGAGGAUAGAUCGGAUCCACCGUUACCACGGAACGUGCCGCCGAUUGCGGGCCGCAUUCUCUGGAUCCGACAGCUCUAUAGACUGAUCACGUGGACGUCUUUGAACAUCACUGAAAUAUGCAACGAGAUCCGAGCGGCCGUCACGUACAUGCAGAUCUUCGUCAAGGAGAUACGGGACAUGAAGGAGGCGAGGGUUGACGAGGUUUUCGAGUCCGUUUCGGACGUCAUACUGUUAAAGCUCGACGAUCAUCCGAAGAGUCCGUCUCGACUCUUGGACGAUCAAAUCGCUUACGGGAAAACCGUAGGAGAGGAUUUGGAAAUAAAAUCGUCGGCAGCGGAAAAAGCCGUCGUGACGAUAAUCAAUAAGUUCAUGGACUUCGUGAAGGACGAGUCGGUGGAAAACAUCAGGUAUAACUGGUUGGAUCCCGAUAAAGUACUCAAGCACACGUCGCAGACGAAGUUGACCAAAGGAAAAUACGAGCCAGGCUUUGCUCCUAUCGAGAGAACGCACAAGGUACAGAUCCAGAAGGUGCACAACGAUUGUAUGGAAUUGUUCGCGUACUUUCACAACAAAUUGAUCGAAGCUCUGGUCAAGUGCACGAAACGGUCCCUCGAGCUGUUGAGAAAAAAAGUGACUGUCAUAAGUCACACGACGGAAGAUGACAAGAACGGGAACAUGUUCACGCCGAUCCUGUUGACCACAUUCGUUCUACAAAUCCCAAACAUCUUGCUGCAACCUCCGAUAGAAGAGCUGCAACUCUAUUUUGGAAAAUUAGUGACCAGUAUUCUCGAGAACCACAGGCAGGUCACCGCGUGGGGACAGCGUGAUCUUACCGGGGAAGAUUCGAUCGGAACGGACGGAAACAAAGCGUCGUUGAAAAAUUAUUAUCAACUGAUAUCGGAUCACAAAGAGAUAGUUCGCUGCGUGAUGAGUCUGCAGGGUGCGAUCCUCGCCAUUAAGGAAGAUGUCCUACAGAUCUCAAACAUGUACUCGACGAAGUACGCGUACAUAUGGGCUGAACAGAGGGAAAAUAUUGUUCGAGCGUUCGUCUACUCUGAGCCCAUCACUCAGGAGAUCAAAGAGAAGUUCGUCGAGUUCGACGAUCUCGUCGCGGAGAUUGAGAAUUUACCGGAAAAACACAUAGUCGGUCCCAUAGAGAUUUGCAUGGAGAAAUUGAAAUUGGCUCUUCUGGUCGAGGCGCGCAUGUGGAAAAUAUUAUUGGGCCAGAACUUGUCAGCGACCUACAAGAACAAAUUGAAAAGGAUCACGGAUUACAUCAACGAUAAGAACAAAGUUCUGGCGAGGGAGAUAAAGGAUCUGGAGGAUGUGAGGGUCGCGAUGAAGUGUUUGGGCGAGAUACGGGACGAUUUCAUAUCGUUGGACAUAGAACUGAUCUUGAUCGAAGAGACGUACAAUUUAAUGGGAAGAUUUCAAAUUGCAGUUUCCAAGGAGGAACAGGACAUAGUUGACAGUCUAAGAUACAAUUUCACGAAUAUGUUGAAUACGGCGAAACAGGUACAGGCGAAAAUAUGCGAGAUGCAAGAACCGUUGAAGAAAGAACUGUCGGACGGUGUCGCGGUGUUCAAACAAGACGUGAUCAACUUUGACCUCGAGUUCGAAUUAAACGGGCCCAUGGUCGAGGGAAUCCCAGCUAAAGAAGCCAGCGAUCGACUCAUACUGUUCCAAGGUCGAUUGGAAGACUUGUGGGAGAAGUACGAGACUUACAGUAGCGGCGAGGCUCUGUUCGGAAUCGAGAUCACCGAGUACCCUGCUCUGCACAAGAGGAAGAGGGAAAUCAAUUUGUUACAAAAGUUGUACGGCCUGUAUCUGCAGGUGAUACGAACCAUCGACAGUUAUUACGAGAUACCCUGGUCCGAUAUCGACAUAGAAUCCAUAGUGUCCGAAUUAGGCGAGUUCCAAAACAGGUGUCGCCGAUUACCGAAAGCUAUGAGAGACUGGCCAGCUUACAUCGAGCUGAAGAAAAAGAUCGACGACUUCAACGAGACGUGUCCGUUGUUAGAGAUGAUGGCGAACAAAGCUAUGCAGGAGAGGCACUGGGACAGAAUGUCGAAGUUGUGCAAGUACGAUUUCGACGUCGAGUCCGACACGUUUACGCUCGCCAACGUGAUGCAGGCACCUCUGUUGAAGUACAAGGACGAAGUCGAAGACAUAUGUAUCAGUGCGGUGAAGGAACAGGACAUAGAGAGCAAACUGAAACAGAUCGUGGCCGAGUGGGCCACGGUAGAUCUGCAGUUUUCCACUUUCAAGCAGAGAGGUGAGCUGCUUUUAAAAGGCACGGAGACGAUCGAGAUAGUAUCUCAACUGGAGGACAGUUUAAUGGUCAUCAGUUCGCUGAUGGCGAAUCGGUAUAACCAGCCGUUCAAGAAAGAUAUACAACUAUGGCAGAGCAAACUCAGCAACACUUCCGAGAUUCUGGCCAAGUGGCUGACCGUACAGAACUUGUGGGCCUAUUUGGAAGCUGUGUUCAUCGGUGGCGAUAUAUCCAAACAGCUUCCGGCGGAGGCGAAACGUUUCAAUAAUAUAGACAAGGCCUGGGCGAAGAUCAUGUACAGAGCGCGCGAACGAGUGAACGCGGUGGAAACGUGUACCGGUGACGAGACCAUGGGACAAUUCUUACCCCAUUUGUUGGAACAAUUGGAAUCGUGUCAGAAAUCUCUUAGCGGAUACUUGGAGACGAAACGAAGCAUAUUCCCAAGAUUUUGUUUCAUAUCCGAUCCCACGUUACUGGAGAUACUCGGCCAGGCGGCCGAUUGCCACACCAUACAAAAUUAUCUCGACGGUUUCUUCGACAACGUUAAAAGCUUAGAGUUUCACGAGAAAGAGUAUGAGAGGAUCGUGGCUAUGUAUUCGCGGGAGGACGAGAAAGUCGUACUGGAGAAAGACGUGGUGUGCACGGGAGGGGUGGAGAACUGGUUGAACACUUUGUUAGACGCUCAUCAAUUCUCGGUGGGCAGCGUGAUCUCGCAGGGCUUGCAAACCUUCGCGAACGAGGACUUCGACCCCAUACAAUUGAUAGACAACUCGAUUCUACAAGUGGGUCUGCUGGGUCUGCAAGUUCUGUGGACUCGCGACUCGGAAACAGCACUGAACACGGCGAAGCGGGACAGGACCAUAAUGAAGCGAACGAACCAAUGGUUCCUCGAUCUACUAAACAGUCUUAUCGAAGUGACCGUAAAAGACUUGACUCCCUACGCGAGAUCGAAAUACGAGGCUCUGAUCACAAUCCACGUGCACCAGAGGGAUAUAUUCGACGAUCUCUGUCGUUUGAGGAUUCGCAACGUGAACGACUUCGAAUGGCUCAAGCAAUGCAGAUUUUAUUAUGACCCCGAAACGGAAGACGUCCCCAUAAAGAUCACCGACAUAGAUUUCGUUUAUCAGAACGAAUUUUUAGGCUGCACCGACAGACUAGCGAUCACUCCUCUCACCGACAGAUGCUACAUUACUUUGGCUCAGGCCGUCGGUAUGAACUUCGGCGGUGCACCCGCGGGACCGGCCGGCACCGGUAAGACGGAGACCACCAAAGACAUGGGGAAAGCUCUCGGAAAAUACGUGGUGGUGUUCAACUGCUCGGACCAGAUGGACUUCCGCGGUUUGGGCAGAAUAUUCAAGGGACUGGCCAUGUCUGGAACUUGGGGAUGCUUCGACGAGUUCAAUCGCAUCGAUCUGCCCGUGCUCUCGGUCGCUGCUCAGCAAAUAGCGAUCGUGCUCGCCGCGAGAAGAGAGAGGAAGUCGAGUUUCGUUUUCAGCGACGGUGAAACGUACAAGAUAAACGCGGAGUUCGGCAUCUUCAUCACGAUGAACCCUGGCUACGCCGGUCGUCAAGAAUUGCCGGAAAAUUUAAAAAUACAAUUUCGAAGCGUCGCCAUGAUGGUUCCCGACAGACAAAUAAUUAUGCGCGUAAAACUAGCAGCCUGUGGUUUCAAAGAGAACGUCAUGUUGGCGCGAAAAUUUUUCACCCUGUACAAACUAUGCGAGGAACAGCUGAGCAAGCAGGUGCAUUACGACUUUGGUCUGAGAAACAUACUGUCCUGUCUGAGAACUCUCGGUGCUCAGAAACGAGCCAAUCCCACCGACUCCGAAGAGACCACCUUGAUGAGAGUAUUGAGGGACAUGAAUCUGUCGAAGCUGGUCGACGAAGACGAGCCCUUGUUCAUGUCCUUGAUCGAAGACAUGUUCCCGGGAAUAAGGCUCAGAGUGCAAACGUACAAGGAUCUGCAAAAGGCGAUCGCAAACGCGACCGUUGCACUUGGUAUAAUGAAUCAUCCAGAGUGGAACUUGAAGACGAUUCAACUGUACGAGACGUCUCUGGUCCGUCACGGAUUGAUGGUGCUCGGACCCACGGGAGCCGGGAAAACGAGAUGCAUGUGGGCCCUGAUGAAAGCUCUCACGGAGUUGGGUAGCCCCCACAAAGAAGUCAGAAUGAAUCCGAAAGCUAUAACCGCGUCUCAAAUGUUCGGGAGGCUGGACGUGGCUACAAACGACUGGACGGACGGAAUUUUCUCUAUCAUAUGGAGGAAAUCCACGCACACGAAGAAGACCGACAAUCUAUGGAUGGUUCUGGACGGACCCGUGGACGCCGUAUGGAUCGAGAACUUGAACUCGGUGUUGGACGAUAAUCAAACAUUGACGUUGGCAAACGGUGACCGAAUAAUCAUGGCACCGAACACGAAAUUGGUCUUCGAACCGGACAACGUGGACAACGCGUCGCCAGCCACGAUAUCGCGUAUGGGGAUGGUGUUCAUGAGCGCGUCCGUCCUCAAGUGGUACCCCAUUUUACAGGGAUGGUUCAAGAGGCAACCGACUGCGCAAGCGGACGUACUGGACGUUCUGUUCAAUAAAAUAUACGACGACGCUCACACUUUCGUUCAGACGAAGCUCCCGUUUAAAAUGAAACUAUUAGAAGCUAUGUACAUAAGACAGUGCAUCGACUUGCUGGACGGUCUACUCGACGUCGGCAAAGACAAGGUUCUCUCGGAGUACCAUCUCGAAAGAGCGUUUCUGUUCGCGAUGAUGUGGAGUCUUGGAGCAGCGUUGGAACUGGAAGAACGUGGCGCGCUGCAAGAAUUCGUGCUCGGUCACGAAUCGAAGUUGCACUGGCCCAAGUGUCACGAAGACGAGACCAUCUUCGAGUAUCUGGUGUCGGACGAGGGAUACUGGUUGCACUGGAGCGAAAGAGUCCCCGAAUUCAUCUACCCUUCGGACGAAGUUCUCAGCUACCACACCAUACUGGUACCGAACAUAGAUAACGCUCGAACCUUGUACCUGAUCGAAACCAUCGCGAAACAAGGGAAAGCCGUGUUACUGAUAGGGGAGCAAGGAACCGCGAAAACCGUGAUGAUCAAGAGCUAUAUGUCCAACUACGAUCCCGAGGAACAUUUGCACAAAUCGUUCAGCUUCUCGUCGGCGUCUACCCCGAACAUGGUUCAACGUGUGUUCGAGAGCUACGUGGAGAAAAGGGUCGGGACCACUUACGGGCCACCGGGUGGCCGCAAGAUGACCAUUUUCAUCGACGAUAUCAACAUGCCGGAGAUCAACGAAUGGGGCGAUCAAAUAACGAACGAGAUAGUCCGCCAACUGAUGGAAUACAAAGGGUUCUAUUCUCUGGAUAAACCCGGCGAUUUUUCCUACAUACAAGACGUUCAAUUACUGGCCGGCAUGAUUCACCCUGGCGGUGGUAGAAACGAUAUACCCCCGAGAUUGAAGAGACAGUUCAACAUCUUCAAUUGUACCCUCCCCUCCAACAAAUCCAUGGAUACAAUUUUCAGGAGCAUCGGGCAAGGCUACUUCUGCGAAACCAGAUUUGAGGAGAACAUAGUGGACUUUGUGCCGAAACUGAUACCACUGACAAGAGUCGUGUGGCAGCAAACGAAGAUAAAAAUGUUGCCGACACCGGCGAAAUUCCAUUACGUUUUCAACCUGAGGGAUCUGUCGCGAAUUUGGGAAGGCAUGCUCAGGAUCGAAACGGCUGAGUGCAAUACCAUAAACCGAUUGUUGAGGCUCUGGGAACACGAGUGCACUCGCGUGAUCGCGGAUCGGUUCACGACCAACGACGACACCGUGUGGUUCAGGAACAAUCUUCGGCGAACAGCCGAGAAAAUGUUGGGUCCCGAUUUCAACUUCUAUGACCCCGUGGAAACGUAUUUCGUGAAUUUUCUACGCGAACCACCGGAACCGACCGGAGACGAGCCGGAAGAUUUCGUAUUCGAGGCACCUAAGAUCUACGAGGAGAUCCCUAGCUACGACGUGGUAAUCGUGAAAGUGAAACAAAACAUGGAACAGUUCAACGAGUACAUUCGAGGCAUGCAUCUGGAUCUGGUGUUCUUCCACGACGCUCUGGUACACUUGAUUCGAAUAUCGAGAAUUCUCGGAGUUCCCCGAGGCAACGCGAUGCUCGUAGGCGUCGGAGGUUCGGGGAAACAGACGAGUCUGAUGGAAGAUCUGAGAAAAGUGUACCGCGCAGCCGGUACAGGGAGCAAGGGGCAGACCUUCAUAUUCACCGACAAUGAAAUAAAAGAGGAAGCCUUUCUUGAGUACAUCAACAACAUUUUAAGCGUCGGCGAGGUCGCGAACUUAUUUCCAGCGGACGAGCUGGACGAGGUCCUGACGACGGUGACGCCGAUAAUGAAGAGCGAAGACCCGAGACGACCGCCCACUCCAGACAAUCUAUACGAAUUCUUCCUGACUCGUGCGAGAGAUCAAUUGCACGUAGUAUUAUGCUUUUCACCGGUCGGCGAGAAGUUCAGGUCCCGAGCAUUGAAGUUUCCUGCUUUGAUAUCCGGCUGCACGAUAAAUUGGUUCUGGAGGUGGCCAAGAGACGCUCUGUACGAGGUCAGCAGCCACGUUUUGGACAAGUUCAAAAUAAUAUGUACUCCGGAGGUGAAGAACCAACUGAUCGAAGUCAUGGGGGAUGUGCACGACGAAGUGAACGAUACGUGCGGCAAAUACUACGACAGAUUCCGAAGGCAAGUGUACGUCACUCCGAAAUCGUUCCUCACGUUCUUAAGCGGUUAUAAGAGGCUCUAUGGGGAACGUUUGGGCGAAAUCAACACUCUGGCGUUCCGUAUGAGCAACGGUUUGAACAAAUUGGUCGACGCCGCAGCACAGGUCGACGAGUUGCGUAAAAUUUUAGAGAAGAAUCAACAAGAGAUCGCGGAGAAGAACGUGCAAGUGGAAGCGAUUCUAGUCACCGUGAAUGAGAAGAAGCGAGAGGCGGAGACGGUGAAGGCGCAAGUGCAACAAUCGAAGGACGAGGCGGAAAAUAUAUUAAAAGUAAUCGCGAAGGAAAAGGCGAUAGCGGAACAGAAAUUGAAAGCAGCCGAGCCUGCUCUAUUGGCAGCGGAAGCUGCUUUACAGACUAUAAAAGGAGCUGAUAUUGCCACCGUGAGGAAACUGGGCAAACCGCCGUAUUUGAUCACGCUAAUCAUGGACUGUGUCUUGAUAUUGUUUGGGAGAAAAUUGGAAUCGGUCAAGCCUGAUUACGACAAGCAGUUCUUGACCCCUUCGUGGUCCGAGGCUCUGAAGAUGAUGGCCGAUACCAGGUUCCUGUUCAAUUUGCAAAAUUUCCCGAAAGACAACAUCAACGCCGAGACGGUCGACCUGAUGCAACCGUACUUGAAUUAUCAUUUAUAUACGUACGAAGCCGCGAAACAGGCUUGCGGAAAUGUUGCUGGCCUCAUCCAGUGGACCAUAUCGAUGGUCACGUUCUACGGGAUAAACAAAGACGUUCUCCCCCUGAAAGCGAACUUGGCCGUGCAAGAGAGCAAGUACGAGAAAGCGAACCGAAAUUUGAUGGAAGCCGAAGACCACCUCAGAGCCAAAGACGAGGAUUUGAAAGUGGUGCAGACGGAGUUCGACGCGGUCAUGGAGGAACGUCAAGAAAUAGUCGACCUGGCCGACGCUUGCCAAGCCAAAAUGGACACUGCCACGGCAAUGAUCGACGGCCUCUCCGGCGAGAGAGUUAGAUGGACCGAGCAACUGGCGAUGUUUAAAUCGGAAACGGAUCGACUGGUCGGAGACGCGAUAGUUCUUAUGGGUUUCCUUUGCUACUGCGGACCUUUCAAUCAGGAAUUCAGGACUACGCUGCAACGGGAGUGGUUCAGUUUUAUACAGGGACGAAAGAUUCCCAUUUCUAUAGUGAUCAAUAUCACGGCCACUUUGACCGACACCGCUACUAUCGGAGAAUGGAGCCUGCAAGGUUUACCGACAGACGAUUUGUCCAUCCAGAACGGAAUCAUAGUCACGCAAGCAACCAGGUAUCCGUUGUUGAUCGAUCCACAGUUGCAAGGAAAGGCGUGGAUCAAGAAAAAGGAAGCGGAACUCCAAUUGCAACCCACCCUGCUCACGCAUAAGUAUUUCCGAAAUCAUUUGGAGGACUGCGUUUCUCUGGGUCGGCCGCUGUUGAUCGAGGACGUGGCCGAGGACCUGGAUCCCGUUUUGGACAAUCUCUUAGAGAAGAAUUUCAUAAAGAUAGGAACCUCCUUGAAGGUAAAACUAGGCGACAAAGAAGUGGACAUUCACGAAGAUUUCAGGCUCUACAUCACCACCAAGUUGCCGAAUCCCGCCUACACUCCGGAGAUAUUUGCUCGCACGGCCAUCAUCGAUUUUACGGUCACGUUAAAAGGAUUGGAAGAUCAGUUACUGGGAAGAGUGAUCCUCACGGAGAAGAAGGAACUGGAGACAGAAAAGACGCAGCUGAUAGCAGACGUAACGGCGAACAAUCGGAAGAUCAAGGAGCUCGAGGCUAAUCUCUUGCAAAAGUUGACCACCGUCGAGGGACCCCUGAUAGAGGACAUGGAACUGAUGUCCGUACUGAACGUCACGAAACACACCGCGGCUGAGAUCAACGAGAAGCUGAGCAUCGCUAAGGACACCGAACUGCGAAUCGACACGGCGCGCGAAGAAUUCCGACCAGUCGCGACACGCGGUAGCGUUCUAUAUUUCCUGAUCUGCGACAUGUCUCUGGUCAAUUGCAUGUAUCAGACAUCGCUCGUCCAGUUCUUAGAACGUUUUGACAUUUCCAUGGAAAGGUCCGAGAAGAGUCCCGUAAAUCAGAGGCGAAUCAAUUUUAUAAUCGAGUACCUCACGUACGAGAUCUUUCGGUACAAGGCGAGAGGCCUCUAUGAGAUCCACAAAUACACGUUCAUUCUGCUGAUGACACUGAAGAUCGACUUGCAACGCGACGCUAUUUCUCACGACGAGUUUCAGUAUUUAAUCAAAGGCGGGGCGGCAUUGGAUCUGAACGCGGUCGCUCCGAAACCUUGCAAAUGGAUCACCGACGUCACCUGGUUGAACCUGAUCGCGCUGUCCGCUCUUAGACAAUUUCAGUACAUCACGAGUCAAGUGCCGGCCAACGAGAGACAGUGGAAACACUGGUUCGACAGAGCGGCUCCGGAAGAGGAACAGAUACCAGACGGUUACAACAAUUUAGAUACUUUCCGUCGUUUGCUACUCAUCAGAGCGUGGUGCAUAGACAGAACGUUGUCGCAGUCGCGCAAGUACAUAUCGAGUGCGUUGGGAGAGAGAUACGCAGAGUCUGUGAUUACUCUUCUGGACGUGAUGCACGAGGAAUCGAGACCGGACACCCCCAUGAUCUGCUUUCUCAGCAUGGGAUCCGAUCCCACACCCAGCAUAGAGCAGCUCGCCAAGAACCUAGAGAUCAUUUGCAGGAGCAUCUCGAUGGGUCAGGGACAGGAGGUUCACGCGCGAAGGCUGCUUCAAAGCGCAAAGACAGAGGGCUACUGGGCGUUGUGCCAAAAUUGCCACUUGGGCUUGGACUACAUGGCCGAGUUGGUCAACUUUAUUUUAGAGAUGGAGGAGCCGCAUCCUAAUUUCCGUAUAUGGAUCACCACGGAACCGCACAAAGAUUUUCCGAUAUCGCUUUUGCAAAUGUCGAUAAAAUACACGUACGAACCGCCGCAAGGGAUCAGGGCGGGUCUGCUUGCCACUUACAGCGGGAUGAAUCAGGAUAUGUUGGAUCAAUGCGACGCAUGGCAGUACAUACCAAUGAUCUACGCGGUAUCGUUUUUACACACGAUCGUUCAAGAAAGGAGGAAAUUCGGGCCGCUCGGCUGGAAUAUACCGUACGAGUUCAACAUGUCAGACUGGCUAGCGUCCUGCAUGUUCGUCAACAAUCACCUCAACGAGUUCGACGUGAAGCAGGGAAUAAGUUGGCUGACUGUGAGGUACAUGAUAGGAGAAGUGCAGUACGGAGGACGUGUCACGGACGACUACGACAAGAGGUUGUUGAACACUUUCUGCAAGACGUGGUUCUCGGACGCGAUAUUCGCAGAAGAUUUCGUAUUUCAUAAGGGCUACCCAAUACUGAUUCAGAAGCAAGUCGUCGACUAUUUGAAAGUGAUAGACGAGAUGAGCCCCAUAGAUCCGCCGCAGGUUUACGGUCUGCAUCCAAACGCGAACAUUACUUACAUGGGUAACACCACGCAAGCCGUGUUGGACACCAUAAUAUCUGUGCAACCGAAAGAGGCGGGUGCGGCCGGUGCCGAGUCGAGGGAAGUAAUCGUGGCCAAACAGGCCCAGGAGAUGUUGAAGAGGUUGCCUCCCUCGUACGAUCCGUUCGAAGUGAAGAACAGAUUGCAGAUCUUGGGAGCCACGGCACCGAUGACCAUUUUUUUGAAGCAGGAGAUCGACAGGAUACAAGUAGUUAUUAAAUUGGUAAACGUUACUCUGAAAGAUCUUCUGCUCGCUAUAGAAGGAGUAAUCAUCAUGAGCGAGGAAUUGAGGGACGCACUCGACAAUUUAUACGAUGCCCGAGUACCGCAGGUAUGGAGAGCGAAGUCGUGGGAAUCUUCUUCCCUCGGUUUUUGGUUCACCGAACUACUCGACAGAAACAAGCAAUUCUCUACGUGGCUGUACUCUGGGAGACCGGCAAAAUUUUGGAUGACAGGAUUCUUCAAUCCGCAAGGAUUUUUGACCGCGAUGAGGCAAGAGGUGACGAGAACUCACAAGGGAUGGGCCUUGGACAAUGUGACGUUGCACAACGAUGUUUUACGUUAUACGGCGGACGAAAUUAAAACUCCGCCCAUGGAGGGAGUCUACGUGUACGGACUAUUUCUCGAGGGAGCUGGCUGGGACAAAAGAAACAACAGACUAUGCGAAUCUGCGAACAAAGUUCUGUACGUGUUGAUGCCAGUGGUACACAUUUUCGCCCUGUAUAAUAUUCCCGACAAAGAUCCAAAACUGUAUCAGUGUCCAGUUUACAAAAAACCGCAAAGGACUUACGUGUUAAUGGUGACACCACUCUGGUUACAAACCUUGAGACCGCCGGACUUCUGGAUUCUUCGCGGUGUAGCCUUAUUAUGCGAUAUUAAAUAA